AUGGCAACUUUGCUUGAAAACCAGCCCAUUUUCCCCUCCCAGUUUACGGGCGGUCCAGGCGAAGCCGCCGCUUCGACGGAAGCAAGCAUGAGCCCUGUAUCGUGGCAGGCUGUCGCCGAGCGCGUUCAAAAUGAUCGAGCCUCGGCCAUUCCGGCAAAAUGGGUGAUUCCACCGGCGAAGCUAGACGCGGCGCAACGGUCAACCACGCGAGUGAUCGAUCUACUACCGAGCCUAUUGUCUCACCAUGAGCUGCAAAUCACGGCGCUUGGUGCGUCCGCCCUGGCGGCCAAGAUCAGAGGCGGGGGGUAUUCGUGCCUGCAGGUCGCCGAGGCAUUCUUGCAUCAAGCUGCUGUUGCCCACCAGUUGACCAACUGCUUGACCGAGAUCUUCUUCGCCGAGGCUCUGGAGCAAGCUCGUCAGCUCGACCAUGUUCUCCAGACUACCGGUAAACCGGUCGGCCCUCUGCACGGGGUGCCCGUGUCCGUAAAGGAUCAUUUCAAUGUCAAGGGCCAGCGUACGACGGCGAGCUACAUCUGCUUUGCCGCCCUGCCCGUCAAGGAUAACGACGCUCACAUUGUGGAGAUACUGCGCAACGCCGGUGCCGUGCUGUAUGCGAAGACCAACAACCCGCAAUGCAUGAUGGCGCUGGAGACGGUGAGCAACAUCUAUGGACGGACGCUCAAUCCUUGGAACACAAAGCUGGGUGCUGGCGGCUCCAGCGGCGGGGAGGGCGCACUCCUUGCCCAGCACGGCUCGCCCCUCGGCGUCGGUUCGGACAUCGGAGGGUCGGUCAGGGUGCCGGCAGCCUUCAAUGGUCUGUACGCCUUCAGGCCAUCGGCAAACCGCGUCCCCAUGUUUGGGCUUGAAUGCACCAUGGUGGGGUUCGAGUCAAUCAUGGCUGUUGCGGGACCGAUGGGACACAACGUCGAGGAUCUCGAGCUGUUCUUCCAGAUUGUCUCUGACGCCAAGCCGUGGCUGACGGAACCGCUCAUGGCCAUGCCCUGGAGGUCACAGAUUGAUUCUAUGCAGAGCGAAAAGCUGAGAAUCGGCAUCAUGGUCUGGGACGAGGUUGUCAUGCCGCACCCCUACAUCACAAGGGUCAUCAAGGACGUCGCGGCCAAGCUAAAGGAGGCCGGCCAUGAUGUCUUUGAUUUUGAACCAUACGACCACAGAAGAGCGUGGGAGGAGAUUACACUGCCCUCGUAUUUCACAGACGACGCCCUGAACAUGAAGAAGGCUCUUGCAGCGGGCAACGAACCCAUGCUCCCGUCUGCCAAACGUCUGAUAGAGGAUCCCAUUGUGAGGGAACUGUCGAUUGAGGAAACCUGGAAGCUCAACAUUGCUCGCGACAUCUACCGUUUCGAUUACCUGCAAAAAUGGGCCAAGACUGCCAGCCAAUCAGCCUCUGGCAAGCCCAUGGAUGUGCUCAUUUGCCCUGUUUCGAGCGUGAAUAGCACGCCGCACGACGUCAAGCCUUGGUGGGGAUACGGCUCUCAAUGGAACCUGCUCGACUAUCCUGCGGGCGUGCUUCCUGCCGGAAAGGUUCUGGAGAGCGAUGCGUAUCCCGACGGCUACCAGUCGGCCAAUGAGCUAGACAAGGAGAACAUGGAGCUCUAUGAUAACAGCAUGUAUCUGGGGAUGCCGGUGGCUAUUCAGGUGGUUGGGCCAAGGCACGAGGACGAAAAGGUCAUGGGGGCAAUGAGUAUCAUUGACAAGGUGAUUCAUGCCUAA